AUGGGUUUUUUCUUAAGUGAUCUUCAUCAACAAAUAGAACACUUAUCUAAUCAACAACCAAUCACUGAAAUUCCAUUUACUGUAUAUCGUGGUCAAGGCAUGAGCAUUUAUGAAUUUGAAAAGUUGCGUCAAAGUAUAGGUGGUCUGCUGUCAUUCAAUAACUUUUUAUCGACCAGCAUGAAUAAAGACGUGUCAUUGAUGUUUUGUCCUACUUCAUAUUCAGAUCCUGAUAUAAUUCCAAUUCUCUAUGAAAUGGAAAUUGAUCCAACUCAGAAAUCUACUGCAUUUGCAUCACUGACCAAUAUGAGUCAAUUUGAUUCGGAAGAAGAAAUUUUAUUUUCGAUGCAUGCUGUAUUUUGA